AUGAAAAUACUGAUUGCUCUGAGUGUGCUGGCUGUCACUGCUGUCGCUCAAAAUGCUUUUGGGCAAGGAGGAUUCGGUGGACUAGGUAGUCUGGGGGCACAAGGCUUAUUUGGUGGACAAGGAGGAUUCGGAGGACAAGGAGGAUUCGGAGGACUCGGCGGUCAAGCAGGAUUUGGUGGUCAAGUAGGAUUUGGUGGCCAGUCAGGAAUUGGUCAAGGAGGAGUACCUCCGAGUCAGGGAGGAUAUGCUGCACAAGGCCCACCAAAUCGUUAUGAACCCGGUUACGGAAGUCCGGUUAGGCCUGGUAAUGUCUAUGGAGGUAAUCCCGUUGAGUCUGGUCAUUUUCAUGGAGGUAGCCCGGUUGGAGCUGGUAAUUAUUAUGGAGGUAAUCCAGUUAGACCUGGCGAUUUUCGCGAGGAUCAUCUUGAACAUCCGGAACAUCAUCGCGAUCAUCACCGCGAACAUCAUGAACACCAUGGACACCACGACCAUCACGGGCAUCACCGACACUAGCUCAAGGAUUAUUUUAAAAAGUUCUUGUACCUUUGAGUUAACAAUAAUACUAUUUUGAUUAAAAAUAAAGUUCAUUUCCCAAGUGA